AUGCCGCCGACGCGUCUCCACCUCGCCGUCUUGCUCCUCCUCGGCGUCGCCUUAAACCGGGCGCGCGGCGGCAGGGUCGCCACGGAGCUCCUCACCCCGGACUUCACGGCGUCGUACCUGCUCUUCCAAGACAGCUACGGCGCGUUCCUCACGUCACCGAGCGGCGCGUUCCACGCCGUGGUCUACAACCCGGGGGGCCAGCUGGAGCGGUUCUACCUCGCCGUGCUCCACGCGCCGUCCAAGACCUGCGUCUGGGUCGCCAACCGCGCCGCGCCCAUCACCGACCGCGCCGCUCCGCUGCAGCUCACGGCCAACGGCAUCUCCAUCGAGGACCCCAACGGCACCACCAUUUGGUCCACGCCGCCGUUCGAGACUCCCGUGGCUGCUCUCCGGCUCGACGACCACGGCAACCUCGCGCUGCUCGACGCGAGGAACGCCACGCUGUGGCAGUCCUUCGACCGCCCCACCGACUCGAUCGUGUCGUCGCAGCGGUUUCCCGCGGGGGCUUUCCUGGCGUCCGCCGCCUCGGACUCCGACUUCUCCGAGGGGGACUACCGGCUCAACGUGACGGCGGCCGAUGUGCUGCUCACGUGGAUGGGCUCCAUGUACUGGCGGCUCUCGAACGACGCCCGCUCCACCGUGGACCGAAGCGGCACCGUUGCGUACAUGGCCGUGAACGGCACUGGGAUGUACCUGCUCGCGGCGGACGGCGGGUCGUCAUCCAGCACUGUUGGCGGUGGCAAUAACAGCUUGCCGGUCUCGUACUUCAGCCUUGGCAAUGGCGUCGAGUACUUCGCUAACAAGCUGGCACCGCCGACCGUGUCCGGCGACAACGUUUCCUCAUGCCAGACUCUGUGUACCAGCAACUGCUCAUGCCUCGGUUACUUCUACGACAACUCGGCGUUGUCCUGCUACUUGGUGCAGCACCAGCUCGGUUCCUUCAUGAAUGCCGACUCCACUAAAGCCUCCGACAAGCUCGGCUACAUCAAGGGCUCCAAUUCCUCGAACGGGACAACGGGCAGCUCGUCGCGCGGCGCCAAGAGCGACUACUUCCCGCUCGCUGCCCUGGAGGGGCACGAGGCCGGGCACUACGCGGAGCUGGCCGACCCUCGGCUACAGGGGCGGGUGGUUGCCGAGGAAGUGGAGAGGGUGGUGAAGGUGGCGCUGUGCUGCCUCCACGAGGACCCACACCUGCGGCCGAGCAUGGCGGUCGUGGUCGGCAUGCUGGAGGGCAGCAUGGCGCUGUGGGAGCCGCGGGUGCAGUCGCUCGGGUUCCUCAGGCUGUACGGCCGGGGGUUUUCUGGGCCAGAGGACGGCGGAGGCAGCGACAUGUAUCUGAAGCAUAUGGCGUCCCCCAUGGGCCGGUCAGGGACGACGACGUCAACGACGAUGAGCGGGUGGCCGUCGUACCUGUCGUCAUCUCAGCUCUCCGGGCCCAGAUAG